CUUAGCCUGAUAGGGUACGAGUUGCAUGCUGACCAGCUUUGCAAUCAGCGCUAUUCUUCUUGAGGAAAAUAGCAUGGGUGAGGUGCUGACAGGCGGGGACGUAUUCAUUACGCGCCUUUUUGGGUUGGGGAAUUAUGCUGGCAACCUCUGAAAAAGCAACGCCAUACAGCAAGCGAUGAUGACGAGGCAUAAAGAAGCUAGAUUGGCUCGUCCACCAGAGUCUAACCGUAAAGGUUCCAAUGCUGCCCCUUUAGUGACAGUUACGCCACGGAACUCAGCAGCGGAGCCCCAGCCUUUCGAAUGGAUACCAGUACAAGGCGAUCCGACUGCACGGAGACGUGCUCGAGCUCAUAUUUCGAGGGGCUUCAGACGGAGGAAGGCGCAGGAAGAAGCACAGGCGCAACAAGUGAGCAAAGAGAUUGCCGGGUCUACAAGCAGCUCAAGUCCAGGAUCUCAGUCAGAGAAAGCACAAUCCCCAGCCACCUCGGCAGAAGGUUCCCCACCAAAUAAUGAGGUGGAUGUCAGGCCUGCUCAGACGGUGAUUGAACACUUGAUUCUCAAGAGGACGCUGGGGUCUGGCGGUGGGAGCCGAGGAGAUGAUCCCUUCCAAUGUUUCCCCGUAAAACUCUCUCGCCGUGACCAGGCUAUUUUGGAUCAUUAUCUCUUCGUUUAUGCACCUGGAAGCCUCACGACCGAGUCUCGCGCCAGCUUUCAAGGCAUCAAGAACUUCAGCUUUGAUUCUGCUCUUCAGCACCCCUCGGCAUUUCAUGUCGUACUCGCUCUAGGAGCCAGUCACAUUGCAAUUAUGAGCGGGAAGCAAGAUUCGGAAGAAUCUGUUAAACAUCGCUGGAUGGCUGUGAAAACUGUGAACGAGAGACUCUCAAAACGAGCAGCCGCGUCUGAUGAUUCCAACAUUGCCUCAGUGGCUCUGCUUGCAGGAUUAGAGCUCAUGUUCGGAUGUCCCGGGAAUUACAAUAUACACAUGGACGGACUUACGGCAAUGCUUGAGCUUCGGGGAGGCGUUGAUGCGUUCCGAAAAUCGAAGCCGGGGCUAUACGCAACGAUAUCUUGGCAAUUUCUUCUACAUCCGCCGCUCCGCAAACUCCCACUGACUAUAUUCCAGGCUUGAUAUGGUUGCGGCCUGUAAUCUUUACUCUCAACGCCGAUUCAGUCGCCCCAAACCUCCGGAUGUGUCUUCAAAGCAAGUACCAGAGGAUAAAGUUCCAAAAUCUGCCCCUCGUCUUCCACCAGGGUACGAUAUGACCCAAGUGCUCCCGGAUCUUUUCAAGCGACUAGGAAAUGUGACUUCGGUCAUUAAAGGCGACAGCUCCACGAGUGAAGAGCGCUUAGAAAGCUCAACCUUUAUCAGCGAAACGGAUGCCAAAGUUUUCGCAUUAAGAUGCCUACCCGAC